UAUUUCCAGGAAAUCACAAUUGUUUUACGUGCGAAUAGGUCGCGAGAGAGCCUGCAGUCAUGCCGCGCGUUUUCAUCAAGGGCGGUGUUUGGCGCAACACCGAGGAUGAAAUCCUCAAAGCCGCCGUGAUGAAGUACGGGAAAAAUCAAUGGUCCCGAAUCGCUUCACUUAUACACCGAAAAUCUGCGAAGCAGUGCAAAGCUCGUUGGUUUGAAUGGCUGGAUCCGUCUAUCAAGAAAACGGAAUGGAGUCGAGAAGAAGAAGAAAAAUUGCUUCAUUUGGCCCGCUUGAUGCCGACGCAAUGGCGCACAAUUGCGCCGAUGAUUGGAAGAACUGCUGCUCAAUGUCUUGAACAUUACGAAUAUCUACUUGACCAAGUGCAGCGGAAAGAAGAUGGGGAGGAUGGUGGGGACGAUCCCCGCAAGUUGAAACCUGGCGAAAUCGAUCCUAACCCAGAAACCAAACCGGCCCGUCCAGAUCCGAAGGACAUGGACGAAGAUGAGCUAGAAAUGUUGUCGGAGGCUCGAGCUCGUCUGGCCAAUACUCAAGGAAAGAAAGCUAAACGCAAAGCUCGUGAGAAGCAGUUGGAGGAAGCUCGACGUUUGGCUGCGCUUCAGAAACGUCGUGAGUUGAGGGCAGCCGGUAUCAAUGUGCGGCUGAGCAAACGACGGAAGGGCGGCGUGGAUUAUAACGCGGACAUACCGUUCGAGAAACGUCCGGCUCCUGGGUUUUAUGACACUUCGAAUGAAGCCUAUGAUCCUAUGGACCCUGAUUUUGCGAGGUUGAGGCAGCAAAAUCUGGACGGCGAACUUCGAUCCGAGCGUGAAGCGCGUGAGCGCAGGAAAGACAAGGAGAAGUUGAAAAAGCGCAAGGAAAGCGACGCUCCUCCAGCAGCCAUGAUGCAAGGACAAGAGCCUGCGAAAAAGCGUUCCAAACUGGUCCUGCCCGCCCCGCAAAUCUCCGAGACAGAGUUGGAGCAGGUUGUUAAAAUUGGCAGAGCUUCUGAAGCUGCGAAGGAGUUAGCUGCUGGUGUUGUGGCCGGGGAUGAAGAGGACGAAGAGAACAUGGAUAAAGGACCGAAGGCCACGGAUGCUCUGCUUGGGGAUUACAGUUUAACACCCGGAGGAAUCCCCGGUGCUGGGUUGCUGAGGACCCCGAGAACUCCGGCUGUUACGAUGGAUAAAGUUCUACAGGAGGCACAAAAUCUGGUUGCUAUGACGAACAUCGACACCCCACUGAAAGGUGGCGCCAACAUCGACAUACCCGACCCAGAUUUUUCCGGCGUGACGCCACAAUCAAAAGCCUUGGCAACACCAAAUGUCGUUCUUGGAACCCCUCUCAUGAAAGCUGGGUUUGAGGGCGGUACCCCGCGAGGUGGUUUCACGCCGGGUUCAGCUCGCUUGAUCCCUGGGGCCACUCCGAUUCGUGAUCAGUUGUCGAUAAAUUCGGUCCGCAUGGGUGAAGGUGCCACGCCCAAACUGGUACAGAAGCAGUUGAAGGAAGAUCUCAGGCGAGGACUGUCGAGCCUUCCUGCACCGAAGAAUGAUUUCGAGAUUGUUGUUCCGGAUGAUUCGGAUACUGCGGUCGAGAAAGAAAAUGAAGAUGAGGAAAUGCCACUAAAUGGUGUGGAGGACCAGGCUGAUAUCGAAGCGAAGACUGAAGCUCAGCGUCGUAAGAAACGCGAAGCGGAGCUGAAGAGGCGGUCGCAAACAGUGCAGCGUGAUCUUCCAAGACCGUCGGAAGUCAAUGAGUCCGUUUUGCGUUGGCUCGCACCGGAAGCACAGGUGACGGAAUUGCAGCGAGCUGAAGAGCUCAUCAAGCAAGAAAUGCUCACCAUGCUUCACUUUGACGCCGUUAAUGAUCCAUCGGCGAAUCAGCGUGCCGCUGAAGCCAAGAAAGCUAAGAGCUCUUUGAGUUCUGAUCACGCCCGAUAUUUGGAUCAGUUCCCUUACGUAGAAAUCAGUGAUGAAGACCUUGCGGAAGCAAAAAAAUUGCUUACUGCUGAAAUGCAAGUGGUGAAAGUUGGGAUGAACCAUCAAGAACUGCCUCUUGAAGCUUAUACCCAAGUUUGGGAGGAGUGCUACAAGCAGGUCCUUUAUUUGCCUCAGCAGCAACGUUUUACCCGUGCCAGUUUGGCCUCCAAGAAAGAAAGAGUGGAAGCCCUAGAGAAGAACUUGGAGCAGAACAAGCUACAUAUGACUCGAGAAGCAAAAAAAGCAAGCAAAUUGGAGAAGAAACUGAAGAUUCUGACUGCUGGCUACCAGUCCCGUGCUCAAGGGCUGAUCCAGCAGUUCAAUGAGCUGACAAAUCUUGUUGAGCAAACAACAUUGGAACUCAGUUCCUACAACUUCUUGAAUGAUUUGGAGCAGCGUGCAAUGCCGAAGCGUCUAACUAGCUUGCGCAAUGAGGUCGCAGUGCAAGAGGAUCGGGAGCACGGCUUACAAAGGAUGUUUGGAAAGCUCAUGAACCAGAAACAGGCAUUGAAUGCUCGAGUUGAAAACCCACCCGGAUUUGGAAGCACUUGCAAGUAUGAGACCUUCUUUGGCCAAACUAAAUAUUACCAGUGCCCUCAGCCCGGAGAUUCCCCCGAAAACAAGUACUGCUGUGGAACCGAUUCAUACAAGCGAUGCUGUGACAAGCUUUUUGGGGUCCUGGAUGACGACACAGUCAAGAAUAUUGAAGAGAACUACACUGCCGUUGCCCAAUCAUUGUCCGUGAAGAAAAGCAUCGGAGUGAUUGCCGGGAUCGUCAUCCUUGUUAUCCUUGUUGUAGUUGUCUCAGUAAUUGUUUGUUGCUGCUGCUGCUCUUGCUGUCUAGUCAACAAGAUGCGAAACAAACGCAACACUCGGAACAAUUACGCGGGCGCAGUUCAACUCGCCCCGAGUGGAACUGUUGGAUAUCCUGUUCAGCAGGCGCAGAAUCACACGCCUGCCCCGAAUCACCAACAAUAUCCAGCUUAUCCUCAGAUGCAACCCCAGGCAGGUGCACCCUACCCGGCUUAUCCUGCGAAUCCGAGUUACCCAGCGUAUCCGACGAGUGGUUAUCCGGGACAACAGCCUCCAUAUCCCAUGCCGGAAAAUCCUCCACCGUACUCGGAUUAUGAAAAGCCACUGCCGUAUAACCCGAACUACCAGCCGUGAAUCACGUUUAUCAACCAGCUGAAUCGAUUCACGUGCCCUCAACAAAUUUUUUGAAAGUGUGCUUAGCGUCUGUAGUUCGAAGUGAAUGGCGUUCGUGCGGCUGACUACUUUAUCCUGCACCGACUGCAUCACGAAACGACGGAAGAGGGCCUCAAGGAAAACAAUUUUGACAGUUUUGAUCAAACCCGGGGGAACAAAACUGAGCCAUCCAUUGAUAACCCGAGAUCUGCCGAUUCAAGUCCGGAAUUUUUAUUGCCAAGGAGGAGAAAGCCACGACGGAAGUUGAACGUCAAGUUCGUGAAUGGUUUUGUUAUUUUUUACAGGAAUUUUUUCUUAGAUGGCUCUAGUCCUGAUUCUUCUUACUGGUAACGCCCUGGAAUAAGUGCAGCCACUUACAACCGUAAAUUCCUACUGAUGUUAGAGUUGCAUACCGAGCGAGGACUUCCUGAAUGUCAGGGUUUUUCCUUUGUCCCGCCUGUGUUCUGAAUGACGUGAAUGUGAAAUAUUAUUGACACAGUUUUUAAUAAUGAAUGUUUAUGCAACUUAGGCUGAUGCGACGAAUUAAAGAAAAAUAAUUGAAUUCCGCGAA